AUGCUAGAUAAACUAGCUGAAGAUACCAAGGAUGUUGUGUUUCUGAAGGUGGAUGUGGAUAAGUAUCAGGCAUUAGUGGAAAGCUUUGAAGUCACGUCGAUGCCUACCAUCAUAGGAUACAAAAAUGGUGCAGUCACAGACCGAGUCAUCGGCGCAUACAUAGAGAAGAUUACGGAAAUGGAAUUCAAACAAAAGAUAGCCACCGGUGCGGUGAUUGUCGAUUUUUACGCAACAUGGUGUGGACCGUGCAAACGGCUCGCUCCAAUGCUAGAUAAACUAGCUGAAGAUACGAAGGAUGUUGUGUUUCUGAAGGUGGAUGUGGAUAAUCAUCAGGCCUUAGCGGAAAGUUCUGAAGUCACGUCGAUGCCUACCAUCAUAGGAUACAAAAAUGGCGCAGUCAUAGAUCGAGUCCUCGGCGCAAACAUAGAGAAAGUUACGGAAAUGGUGAAAAAAUUGACUGCAUGA